AAGCUGAGCAUUUCACAGUUCAGAUUGUUAGUUCACCUAUUGGUUUCUUCGAUAUACCUUGAACUCGAUAGUGGUUGAUUCCGUUUGACUCUUAACCGUCAACAUUAUGCCAAUCAUUAUUCUAUACGCUUUGAACAUAACAAACAACAGAAAUAAAUCGUGAAUGUGUUAUUGAGCCAUGCUUUGAAGGUUGGGCAGGCAAAGUGCUGAGAAAGUCACCACCUCAAAAAUGCACUUAUGCAGAUGGAUGUCUGUAAUUUCCAUCGUUAGUAUAUAUUUGACCAACGUUUUGGGUCAGAGGUCAAUCAUUGACUCUCUCUACAAUUACUUCAGCAAGACUACCAUGAUCAAUGGAGGAAACUUUAUUAUUCAGUAUCCAAAAAGGGUUGGCAACGUGAGGAAACAGAAACCUUUCUCUCCCUACAUGCAGUUUCCAUGUGCCAACACCACCAGUAAAGGCAUCGGUAGAUCUCUAUAUCCCCCAAAUAGUGUGCACAAAUUGAGACCUGGUGAUAUUGAUGUGAUAGGAGCCAUGGGGGACUCCCUCAUAGCUGGUAACGGAGCUAUGGAAGAAUAUGCCUUAGGAACUAUGAUAGAGUACAGGGGUAUAUCUUGGUGUGCAGGUGGAGAAGGCACCUGGAGAGAAUACCUGACCCUCCCCAACAUCCUGAAGGAGUACAACCCCAACCUCACAGGGUAUUCAACAGGAACAGGAGAAUUCCUUUCGGAACAUUCCAGACUAAACGUGGCAUAUCCUGUGUCUGCUGACGAGGAUGCCUUACGUCAAGCGAAGAUACUGGUGAAGAAAAUGAAGUCCGAUCCCAAAAUAGACAUCAAGAACCACUGGAAAAUGAUCACGAUCUUCUUCGGUGCCAACGACAUUUGUUCUGCGCAGUGCUUCGACAAGGACAAGGGUUCGGCAACGUCGCAUGUGCGACAACUUAUGUACGCUCUGGAUUAUUUGCAGAGCGCACUGCCCAGAACAUUUGUCAAUUUGAUUCCAGUACUAGAUGUUUCUGUCAGCUUAAGAGUGAAAAGAACCAUGAUGUGCAGAUUCUUGCACGCCUUUUUCUGUGCUUGUUUUCAUCACCAAGGUGGAAAUGAAAUGGAAACUGUGAUUCGAGCUGCACGCAGUUAUCAAUAUGCUGAAGAACAAUUAGUAAAUAGUGGACGAUACGAUGUCAAAGAGGAUUUCACCGUGGUUCUACAACCUUUCAUGAAGUUGUUCAAUGCUCCAAACGAUCCAGCACACUAUUAUGAUGAAGUCAUUGAUAUCUCCUACAUUACACAUGACUGUUUUCAUUUCUCCCAAAAAGGACAUGCUCUAGGGGCAAAUCUUCUAUGGAAUAAUCUCCUAGAGCCUGUGGGCAGAAAAAGUAUGAAAAUGGUGAAUUACGUGAUGGAAAAAUUCAACUGUCCUUCCAAAGAAUCUCCCUAUUUGUUUACAAAUAGAAAUUCAAGGAAUUAUUUGGCGACUGGUCGUCAAUAACCUCUGAAUAUAAUGUAUAUAGAUAUAUGUAUUUAUUGAAAAUAAAAGAUAUUUUUAGUAA